UAAUUGCAAGAAUAUAUUAUGCAAUUUUUAUUUAAAAUGUGUGUCUUAUUAAUUAUCCUCAAAUGUACAGCCAGUGAAUUUCAAUGUUUGUCUUCAAAUAAAAACAUCGAUAAAUGUCAAGAUUGGAAACAAAUGUCUGUACUUGUGGCUGACCUAGUGGGUCGAUCAAUUGUUGAUAAUAAAGUUGAAACAAAAUCUAAUAUGUUAACUCUGUUGAUUCGUGCAGCUUCAGGAGUUAUCGGAUAUGGCUCCAAUGCUCUAAAAACUAUUAUAGUAAAUGGAUUGGUGCUUCUGACACAAAUUGUUUUAACUGUUUCUGAUUAUGGAACAACCAACUAUAGAGCUACUACUGCUACUAGCCAAAAAAUCAAGAUUUUUCCCGAUGGCCGUCCAAUCGACUGGAUUAUGAAUAAUCCAUAUAUCAAAUCGAUGAUGGAUGAUGCAACAAAUGAAAUGUUACCAGAUCUGUUGAUCGAACAGUUGGCGUCUGGCUUGCCGUGUGUUCAAUUACUUCUUUGUCGCCUGUCACCAAUCAUACAUUAUAUGCAGCGUCAGGUAAAGGAGAGUAGACGCAGUUCGUCUCACAAAUGGCUUUCAUGGAAUGUGUCUGACUGGCAGCGAGUCAAAGGGAAUGCAAAGCAUUGCGUUGAAAAACAUAACGACUGUGUGAAAAUUAUUAAACUGAAUUCGUUUAGGUGAUGUGAAUCACAUAUUCACAAAUUAUAA